UGCUCCCAGCAUAUGAUUCGUGUCCUUGAACCCUGAGGCUGGACCGGGACGGGAGGGUAGCGUUGCUGGAUGAUAUCCACUAAACUUUCCACACUAUUGAGAAGCAGAUCAGCGAAAGCUGGUGCGACGUGGCUUGUCUCUAUCCGCAACUUAUCCAGCACACCAAAAAAGAAGUCUAAAAUGACAAAGCUAACAGGUGAUGAGAGGACAACUGCCCUUGCGCCUCUGAAGAGCUCUGGCUGGACAGAGGUCAAAGACAGAGAUGCCAUUUACAAAGAGUUCCUUUUCAAAGACUUCAAUGAGGCAUUUGGUUUCAUGAGCAGAGUUGCGUGCCUCGCAGAAAAAAUGGACCACCAUCCUGAGUGGUUCAAUGUUUACAACAAAGUGCAGGUUACUUUGGCGUCCCACGAUGUAAGUGGCAUCAGCGGCAGGGACGUCCGAAUGGCCACCUUCAUGGAGGAGAUUCUCAAGAAGUAACCAUGAAAAUACUAAUCAUGGUUACAAAUUAAGAUUUGCACGUUGCUUUUUGUUAUGAAAAACACGAAGGGUUAACGUCAAAAUAUAUUUUUGUUUAAUAAAUGUAGUGGAAAUUUUCGUUGAAAAAUA